UUGGAGUUUUGGGCCUGGCCCAAGGACGAGACCGUCUUUUGGCCACUCUGAAAACCCUAGAGCUUCAUAUGAAAACCCUAAAAGCUGAAUUCAGAAUUCCGCUAGCUGUCGCAGUUUCACUUCCCUUCCCUUCUUCUCUUCCUUCACCGCCGGAAAAUGCCGCCGAAGUUCGACCCGACGCAGGUCGUCGACGUCUACGUCCGGGUCACCGGCGGCGAAGUCGGCGCGGCAAGCUCGCUCGCCCCCAAGAUCGGCCCCUUGGGCCUCUCUCCGAAGAAAAUCGGUGAAGACAUCGCGAAAGAGACCGCCAAGGAUUGGAAGGGCCUCCGCGUGACCGUGAAGCUCACCGUGCAGAACCGCCAGGCGAAGGUCUCCGUCGUGCCGUCCGCCGCGGCGCUCGUCAUCAAGGCCCUCAAGGAGCCCGAGCGCGACCGCAAGAAGACCAAGAACAUCAAGCACACGGGCAACAUUUCGCUCGACGACGUUGUCGAGAUCGCAAAGAUCAUGCGCCCGAGAUCAAUGGCGAAGGAUCUUAGCGGCACCGUGAAGGAGAUACUUGGGACGUGCGUGUCCGUCGGAUGUACGGUCGACGGGAAGAACCCGAAGGAUCUGCAGGAGGAGAUAGCCGACGGCGACGUUGAGAUUCCUCAGGACUGAUAUGUGAGCUCUCCCCGGAUUUUACAUUUUGCUCACUUCUGUGUCUCCGAUUUGGAGUACUUGUGAGCUUUGAAUGAUCUUCUUCUUCUUCUUCUUCUUCUUCUGGUUGGGGGAAUUCCUUAACCCAUUUCAAUUUAUGGGUUUUCUUUUCAGGGACCCCCAAGUUACAAUUGCGAAGGCAAUGUUGAAUGUUUGUGUUGUGUGGUGAUGAAUCUGAUAGAGUAUGAUUCUGGGUUUUUGGAAAAAUUGUGAGUUUUGGAUGAUUUGGAAUUUGCUUUGAGGUGAUUCAACUUCAACGUGUGAUUUUUUUCCAAUUUCCAUUACCCAGUAGUACAGGAGGACGAUUAGAAAGGAUACUUUAGGCAUGCGCCAUUAGCUGGGAAGGGUCCUCCUGUUGGAAUAGAAACCACUUUGGAAAUCC